AUGGGUUGUUCAAACGCUCGUCUACUAGUACAAGCACCAAUGAAUGCUGAACCCGGUGCAGCACCAACUAAUCCAUUACCAACCACAUCAUUAGCAAAUACUUCUGCUAAUGUUGCAACUGAUACGAAUAAUAAUUCAGCAGCAACAACAACACGAAUGCAUUUAACAGGAGUUGAUCUUGUUGUGGAAAGAAACGGAUCGUAUACACUUUUAUUAACACCCAAAACUCAUAAGCAACUAAUGCCUUAUGUAUUACGAAAAAAACGUUUUCGAAUUCUCGUUGAUAAACCUCGCUCUGACCCAACAACAACAAAUCUUAAUGAGCCAAAUCUUAAUGAACAAAUUAUGGAAAAUAAUAAUACUAAAUUAAUUUCUACUAAAAAAGAUAAAAAAACUAAAGAUACUUCAAUGGAAUCAACAAUUGAAUCUAUUGAACAAGUUGCAUCAGAUGAAUUAAAUAAAGUUAAAGCACGAUUUAUUGGUGGUCGAAGUAUUGAUCGUGGUAAUCCAGAAGAUGAUGAUACAAAUAUUCAAUCAGAUGAUGAAGGUAUGAUUGAAGAAAUAGUUACAACUGUUGAAGAAGAUAAAGAUCUUGAAUGUAAAAUUAAAAAGAAAAUUGAAACAAAAAAAACAAUUGCACAAGAUCCUGAAACACAUAAUACAAUAACAAAAGUUGUUAAAACUGAAGUGACUGAAAUAACACGUACAAUUACAAUUAAUGAUCAACAUGAUCUUGCAAGAGCUAAACGUGAACUAGGUAUUGAUGAUGUUAAUCGAUUUUUACCAUCAUCUUCAUCAUCAGCAUGGUCGGAACAUUCACAUGUUAUCGAAGUAAAAGAAAAACGUUACGAACCAAUUAAUGAAGUUGUUACAUCAAAAGAUUUUCCAUCGGAUAGUCCAAUUAAACAAACUCAACUGGAAGAAAAAAAACCAGUUUUAGCCGAAUCAACAUUAGUUGGACGUGGUCCAGUUGCCGAAACUCUAACAGCAACAGCUUCUGCUUCACAACAACAACAACAACAACAAAAGCCAAUUGAAAUAAAGAAAAAAAAGAAAAAAUCGAAACUUUGUUCUUGUACACAUGCAGCUGAUGAUGAAAAACAUGAUAAACCAAUGCCUGUUGAACAAAUAAAAGCAAGUUCUCCUAUAACAACAUCACCACCACCAGCAAUCAAUAUUAAUAAAUCAUCGAUUGAAGCACAAAUGCAAGGUGAAUCAUUAAUUUCAUCCGAUAUGAAACAAUUGAUAAUUGAUAAAAAAUUUCUAUUAAUUGAAUAUAUACAUUCAAAAAUUUUUUUACCAUCAAAAUUAUUCUCAUCAAAUGAAAAUGAUAUUAAAGCAAGAAAAAUUUCAUCACGUAUACUUGAUUUAUUACGAUAUGAUCGUUGUUCAUCAUGGACACAAAUGUCUGAACAAUUAAAAGAUGAAUAUUCUCAUUAUUUAUCAAAUAAUAAUUUAUCUCUUGAAUCAAUGAUAAAUACAUAUAAAAAUUUAUUUACUAUUAAACAAGCUAAUUUAUUAAAUACAUUUUCAACAAUACAUAAUGAAAAUGAUGUUAAAAAUAUACAUGAAAAUAAUAAUGAUUAUCUUAAUAUUGUACAAACAUAUCUUAAUGAACAAGAUAAUCAACAAAAUUCUAUUGAAAUACAACAAUCAAAUGAUAAUAAUGAACAUGCACUUGAAUCCUUACAAGAAGAACAACUUGAAAAAGUACCGAAUGAUAGUGAACAAGCUAUUAAUGAUUCAAUAGAUAAAAAUCAAGAGGAAAUUUCACCAAAUUAUAAUGAAGAAUAUUUAACUAAAAUGCUUGCUGAUAUAUCCCAACAUAAACCAAUAACAUUAGCUGAAGCAAUAGCAUAUGAAUAUAUUGAUAUUGAAGAUCCUAAACUAGGUUUAUCGAAUGAAACCAAACAAUCAAUAAAAAAUUUAUUUCAUCCAUUAUCGGAUGAAUCAAUAUCAAAUUUAAUUCGUGUUAAACGUUCAGGAGAAUAUAUAACCGAUAUUAAUCUUGCUGAAAUAAAUCCAUUUGAAAAAUUUAAUCGAACUGAACCAUAUAUUUAUCAAUUACAACAAUCAUUUGAACCAACAUUAGAUUUUAGUGAAAAACAAUUUCGUUCAUUAACGGAUGCUAUACUAAAAAAUAAAGAAGAAUUUGAUCAAUUACAAUUUGAUAUUGGACAUACAUCAUUACCAUUAUAUGAUUUAAAAGAUUUAUCAAUAAAUGAUAUCAGUCAAUCAGAUUCCGGAUAUUCAAUGACAACAGCAACACAUGAAAGUUUAGCAAGUAAAAUAAAAAUUGAAUUUGAACCAAUUCAUCAAGAUGUAUCAAUCAUAUCAAAACAAGAUGAUGUAGGUGAAGAUGAAAAAAUUGAUCUAGAUAAAGCAACACAAGAACAAUUAAAAAAAUAUGAACUUAAUCAUGAUUUAAUUCAAAUAAUUAAAACUGAUUUUAAUGGAUCGGAUAAAACUGUUGGUCAAGCAAUCUUAUCACGUGAAUUACGUUUAGAUAGUACAGAUCCAAAUGAUAUAUCCUAUUUAAAAUCAUUAGGUAUUCAUAAGGAACAAAUAAGAAUAUUGAAUGCACUUUUCUUUCCAAAACAUUCACGUAUAAUUGCAUAUUCACCAGAACCAGGUCGAUUUGUUGAAGCACAAACAACAUAUAAUCCUGAUUAUGCUGGAUAUAAAACAGAUACAACUAUAAUACAAAUUCAAGAAAAACAACUUUCAUCAGAUCAUCAUGCAAUGCAAAGAAAUAUUCAUGAUGAUCGAACAUCACCAGUUCUAUCGCAACAAAUAAUAACAUCAGAACCAGAAAUAAUUGUUUCUUCUCCAUUACCAAUAAUAACAACUCAAGAAAUUAUUUCAACAGUAGUUAGUCAAGAAAAACCAAUAUUAUUACCAUUAUCAUCAUCACCACCACCUGCAGCACCAGUUUCUUUGAAAAAACGUAAAUCAAGUGGUCAUCAUAGUUUAUUAUCUUGUUUUAAAAGUAAAAAACCGAAAGCUGGAACAGAACAACAAGGUCAAUCACCUGUAAAACCAACAAUACUUGUUAGUGAACCAAGUAGUCCACAAGAAGCAAUGAAAUCUUUUAACGAAAGAACUACAACUGAUUAUUCAAUUUUACCUGAUGGUAAACGUAUUUAUAUUGAUGCUUUUCGAGAUCGACCUGGUCUUGAUAUGUCUUAUAAACCAAAUGAUUUUGAAACUCGAUUUGUUCUACCAAUUACAAAAGAAUCAUCUGAAUAUGGACAAGAAUCAAUUGCAUCUGAUUUUGAACAAAUUCUUGUUCAUUCUGAAAUGACUGAAGAAAAUAUAGUACCUGUUCAAAGUGAUAUUAUUGAACAUGAAUCUAUUCCUCAACCAGAAAUAAUCGAAUCAAGUGAAGUUCAACCUGAGAUAAUUGAACAAGUUGAAGAACAAGCAGAAAUUAUUGAAAAGGAAAUUGAAAUUCAACCUGAAAUUAUUCAACGAGUUGAAGAUCAAUCGGAAAUUAUCCAACAGGAAACUGAAAUUCAACCAGAAAUAAAAAGUGAAGUUCAAUUAGAACCUCAUCCAGUCAUAAUUGAAGAAUCGGUUCAUAUUCAAUCAGAUAUACAUGAACUUAAAACUCCAGUUCAUUUAGAACCUCGUCCACCAACAAUUGUACCCGUCGAUGCUCCAAUUGAAAAAGUACCAAUUAUUAUUUCACCUAAAAAAUCUGAACCUAUUACAGUUACAAAAAAACCCACAAUUGAUUUACAUGGAGCAGCUGUUGUUCUACCAGAAGUUCAAUUAGUUAAACCUGGACCAUUACCCACAUUAUCAAUAACAAAAGGAAAGAAAUCAACUGGUGGUUUAUGUGCAUCUUGUUUUGGUUCGAAAUCUGCAGAAAAAAAGAAGAAACAACGUCAUUCAAAAACAGUUUCAGCACCUAUUGAACAAAAGAAAAGUAUUGUUGAAGAAAAUAUACCACAAAUUAUUGAACCAUCAUCAAUACCUUUAAUUCAAAAUGAUAGACCUAUUUUACCUAAUGUUAAUAUUGAUCAAUAUAAAGAACGGGAUUUUCAAAAGAGUUAUGAGUCACUUCCAAAAUCAGAAGAUCGUUUUGCUACAACUGUACGAUCAAAUCUUGAACAACAUCAUCAAUCAUCUUCGAAUGAACAUGUACCAACAUCAUUAUCAACUACACCUACGAUCGAAUCACCAACAAAACUAUCUGCAACUCCAAUAGAUACAACAAUUUUCUCUCGAAUUAAUAUUGAUUCGUUCAAAGAACGAACAUUUGACAAGAGUUUCGAGAGUUUACCAAAGUCACAAGAACGUCUGAAUGCAACGGAAGAACCUCGUUAUCAAGUAAUAGUUGAUAAUGAAGCAACUGCACCACCUGUAAUACUAUCGAACAAAACCGAUGCAUCUUUAUAUACGAAAGUAAAUAUUGAUUCAUUCAAAGAGCGAACUUUCGACAAGAGUUUCGAGAGUUUACCAAAAUCACAAGAACGUCUGAAUGCAACAACAGUAUCAGAAGAACCUCGUUAUACAGUAAUAGUCAAUAAUGAGUCAGUUUCAGAACUAGUAUCAAAUAAAACUGAUCCAUCUUUAUAUACGAAAGUAAAUAUAGAUUCAUUCAAAGAACGGGUUUUCCAAAAGAGUUUCGAGAGUCUCCCAAAAUCACACGAACAGUUGAAUGCAACAACACCCUCUGAAGAACCUCAUUAUCAAUUACCAACGAAUGAAGUUCUAUCAUCCCUACCAGUUCAAUUACAAACAACAGAUAAUUUAUCUACACCCUCAAAAGCAAAUAUUGAUACAUUCAGAGAACGAACUUUUCAAAAAAGUUUUGAUAGUCUCCCAAAAUCACAAGAACAGUUAAAUAUUAUAUCAACACCCGAGGAACCUCAUUAUCAAUUACCCACUCAUGAGAUUGUAUCACCACCGGUAGAGAUACAACUCACAAAUAGUUCAUCUAAAAAUUCAAACACAAAUAUUGAUACAUUUAAAGAACGAACUUUCGAAAAAAGCUAUGAGAGUUUACCAAAAUCACAAGAACGUUUAAAUGCAACUACACCAUCCGACGACUCUCAUCAUCAAUUACGACUUAAUGAACCCGUAUCACCCCCAACAAAAAUACAAUCAACGGAUAAUUUAGCUACAUAUUCAAGUGUCAAUAUUGAUUCAUUCAAAGAACGAACUUUCGAUAGAAGUUUUGAGAGUCUACCAAAAUCACACGAACGACUUAAUGCAACAACACCCUCUGAAGAACCUCGUUAUCAAGUAAUAGUCAAUAAUGAGUCAACUUCAGAACUAGUAUCGAACAAAACUGAUGCAUCUUUAUAUACGAAAGUAAAUAUUGAUUCAUUCAAAGAACGAGUGUUUCAAAAAAGUUUUGAGAGUCUCCCAAAAUCACAAGAAAAGUUGAAUGCAACAACACCCUCUGAAGAACCUCGUUAUACAGUAAUAGUUAAUAAUGAGUCAACUUCAUCCCCAGUUCAAUUACAAACAACAGAUAAUUUAUCUACACCCUCCAAAGUUAAUAUUGAUUCAUUUAAGGAACGAACAUUCGAUAGAAGUUUUGAUAGUCUCCCGAAAUCACACGAACGCCUGAACGCAACAACACCCUCUGAAGAACCUCAUUAUCAAUUACCCGUCGAUGAACCUAUUCAAUCCAAUUCAAUAAAAAAAUUCACUCCAUCAAUCCCAUUUGACCCAUCUAUCUAUUCAACAGUGAAUAUAGAUUCAUUUAAAGAACGAACAUUCGAUAAAAGCUUCGAAAGUCUUUCGAAACAAAAAACUCAUUCAGAUAAACCUAUUGAGAAUGAAUAUUCAGUAGCUGAAUCAAGUACUUAUGAUAACCUUCAACAUCAAAAAAUCACACCAUCUAUUGAAAUAAAAACAAACGAAAAAAUAAUCAACAGCAAUAUAAUGAUUCCUCCUUCAACUGAUAUACAAAAGUCGAGUGGUGAUUUUCAUUCAAUUGAACAUAAAGAAAGUCAAAUGAAAGGUUCAACAUCACUUCCAGCUAAAAAGAAGAAACAUAAAAAUGAAAAAAAAUCUGGUAUAUUUUCAACAUUUUUUCGUCAAAGUGAACGAAAAUCAAAAAUACCAGCACUUAAUUUACCUCCUAUUGAACGUGAUUUAUCACCAAAUAAUCCAAUACAUCAAUACGAUAAUGAUCCAUUACAUAUCCCAUCAAUUGAUUUACCUAAACUUGAUCUUCCAUUACCAACAUAUGAUCGACCAGAAGUUAAUAUGACAACUGGAUCGAUUCAAUAUUCAUCUGAAUUUUCUAUUCCAACUGUUAAUUUACCAUCCAUACCUAAUUUAGAAUUACCCGACAAUACUAAACAAUUCACCGAAUCUAAUACUGAUCCUAUGAAAAUUCCUCAUAUUCAAUUACCUGAACUUCAAUAUACAUUAAAUGAACAAGAUACCCAUAAAAAAUUACCCGAAGUACAAUUAAAAACAUCCAAAAUUGAUAUCAAUCACGAACCAACUAUUGAAACUGGUUUAGCAUUAGCUUCACCAGUCGAGGAUUUGUUAAGUAUUCAAACUGAUCAUAAAAAUUUUCCUAUUGAAACAGAUUAUGCUAUUAACCCAGAAACAAUAUUACCUCAUCAUGUAGAAAUCCUUCCUUCAAUUCAAGAAAAACUCCACAUUACUGAUAAACAACAAUCAGAACUUCCAUUAUUUAUUCAGAAUGAAACCAAUCCAGAAUUUAAUUUUCAAUUACCUUCAUCAGAACCCAUUCUUUCCUUAUCCAAAGAUUCUAAAUCAAUUCCACCAUCAUUCGAUGAUGAUAUACCAUCAGUUCCAUCAAAAAUUGUUCCAGCAAUUCAAUCUCCUUUAAAACAAAUUAUCGAACCAAAACCCGACAUCAAAAAGAAAUCUUCAUCACUUGCAUUAUGUUCAUGUUUUGGUGAUAAAUCAACAAUAGCAAAUGAAACAAAAUCAUCUACCCUUCAAGCACCAAAAGCGGAUUUACCCGAAGUUAAGAUGCCUAUUCCAUCAUCAAAUGUAUCAUCAACAUUGAAAACAAAAGGAAUAUUACGUGCACCAAGUACUGAUUUACCACCCGUCGAUUUAACAUUAACAUCAGUUGAUUUACCAACAAUUCAUACAGAAAAUAAAAAAAUAAAAUCAAUAAAUGAAACUAAAAGUCCAAUUCCUCUAGAACAACGAAUAAAUAUCAAAUCUGAUAUUCUAUCAACAUCUGGUAUUGACAAACAAACAACAGAAGAUAUUAAAAAUAUCUCUGUUCAAUCACCAUCAUUUGUAAUCACAACACCUGAAAUUAAUCUAUCUGAUACAAAUCUUUCUUUAUCAAUACCUGAACAAAUUCAAUCCACUUCUGAUAGUGGUCUUGAAGCUAUUAUGUCGUCACAUAUGCAUCCAUCAUCAACAUUUGAUACAAAUGCAACAUUUGAAGAUAUUCAACAACAUCCAUCAAUUAGUUCAGGUUUAGGUAGUGAAAUAUUAGAUAAUAUACAAGCGAAAGGUUAUUCAUUACCGGAUAUAAAAACUCCUGAACCAACACUUAUACCAAAAUCUAUUGAAAGUAAUAAUUUUAAUAAAUAUGAUUUUACACGUAAAAUAACAAUGAAUGAUGAUACACAUGCAAAAUUUCUUUUUCGACAAGAUCAAUUGAAAACAUGUUUAGAAAUUGAAAUAUCAAAAUCAAUUGAAAAUUUUGAUGGAAAAAAAGAUCAAAAAACAUUGGAUAAAAUUCUUCAUCAAGCUAUGAAUUUAAUUAAAGAUAAAAAAGUAUCAACAUAUCCAGAAUUAAAACAAAAAUUACUUAUUGAACAUAAGAAUGAUGCAUUUAUUAUUGAUCCUGUUGUACGUUCACUUUAUUAUGCUAUUGAAAAUCAAGGUUUAGAAAAUUUAGAUAAACCAGAAUUUCCAUUAGCUAUACGUGAUAUGGUACGUCUUCCGGCCAAACAGACAUUUGACACAGUUACAUAUUUGAAUAAAGAAACAACGCCAUUAUCUACAAUACAAAUGACAAAAGAAACUUCUGCUCCCGCUACGGACAUAACCAUUGAUAAUAAAUCAAGUGAACCAAUUGAUACAAAACGUUCUUGUUUAACAUGUGGUCAUUCAAAAUCAAAAACUAAAAUACCAUCAACAACAACAACAACAACAUCAACAUCGAUUGGUUUACUUGAUGAACGUCGUCGUUCACAAUUAAAUACACAUCGAAAUGAAUUAGGUAAUAUUCUUCGUGAUCAUAUUCAAUCAUCACAACCACCAAUUAGAAAAUUUGCUGAUCAUCCAAAAGAAUCGGAAAAAAUUGUCCGUAAAUGUUUAACACUUAUAACACAACCAAAAAUUCAUACCUAUGAACAAAUUCGUAAUGAUUUAAAAACCGAACAUAAACAAACAUUUUAUCUUGUUGAUCCAACAGUUGAUAUUAUACGUGAUACAUUUGAUCAUUGUGAUAUAACACAAAUGAAUGAAAAAACUAAUCUUAAUAUCUUAGAUUCAAAUAUAAGUCAAACAGCUAAAUUAUAUAAUAAUCAAACAAAUUUAUUAACACCAGAUGAAUUUAAUGCAUUUAAAUCUAAUCAAUUAUCAUGGUUACAACAAUAUUUAAUUGAUAAAGAAUUAAAAGAAAAAAAAUUAACAAAAAAACAAACAAAAGAAUUAAAUAAGAUUAUAAAUCGUAAUAUUGAAAUAUUAUCAACAAAUUCAAUAACAACAUGGGAUGAAUUAUCAUUACAAUUACAACGUGAAUAUCCAAAAGCACAUGAUUUAUGUAAUCGUUCAGUUGAAUUAAUAAAACAAGGUGAAAAAGAUGGUUUAUUAUUACUAGAACAACCACCAUUACAAGAUAAACGACGUCCAUCAUCAUUAAUAACUGAACGUGCACGACAAAAUUUAAAAACCCAUCGUAAAAAAAUACUUACAUCAUUAAAAAAUUUCUUAAUGAAUUAUAAUAAAUCAGCAACAAUCAAUGAAAAUCAUUUAGAUAAUUAUCUUGAUAAAACAUUUCAUUAUUUAGAAGAACAAAAACAAGGACAAUUUAAAAAUUAUAAUGAUUUAAAAGAACAAUUAAAAAAAGAUUUUCAAAAAAAUAAUCAAGAACAUUUAAUUGAACAAAUUGUUGAUGUUAUCGAACAAGCACAUGCAACAAAUCAAUUUGAUGAUCUUGAAAAACCUGAAGUACAAUUAUUAAUGAAAGAUCGAUUAGAUGGAAAACCUUUAAUUAUUAAAGAAAUGUAUGUUUCAUUACCAGCACGUACUGGAGCAUCGAAAUAUUUAAAUGAUGAAUCAUCACACUAUACAUCAUUAUUAACAACUGGUGAUCAAUCAUUAAAUAAUACAACAACAUCACAUCGUGUUGCUCGAGGCCUUAGUUGGCGUGAGGCAAAUGAACGCGCAAGAAUUUUAUUCUAUCGUGGAAAACAUCCGGCAAUACAUUAUGAUGAACAAGCAGCGGCAUUUGAUGUUAGAAUGUUACUUGAAACAGCAUCAGGUGGUACUCAAGAAAUACCUGUUACCGACAGUGAUGUUCAUGAAUUACUUAAUUCAUGUGGUGUUCAAUGGGAUGGUGUUAAUAUCAUAUCAUUAGUUGAUCAUAGUGAAGAUGUUGUACGUGCUGCUGAACAAGCUGCUUUAAGAGUCAUCCGAGAAAAAGGUAUUGUUGAUUUACGAACACCACCAUCAACAAGAAAUAUUGAUAUAAAUGAUGAUGAUGAUAAUGAAACAAUUAAUUCAUCUGUUACACCAUCGUCAUAA